AACAAAAUGGUUAGCCUUGUAGCUACACUAACCCCUCAAAUCGCGCGCGCUAUUAUUGCAUAGGCCUACAGUUUAUAGUUCGCGCCACGAACUUGUUUUGAAACCGCUGACAUAUACGGGAACCAACGUUCCCGCUCCCGCAGGCAGCAGCCUAACCCAUGGCCCAGCCCCAAGCCACCCGGCGACAGUAUAUGAUCAGCUACCCUAGCCGCUAGCCGCGCCAAGCUUGGCGCUGUCACUUUUGAAGUUGUUUGGAGUGAUAGGGCCUAGUUUUGUGAUUCAUCAAUUUUUUGAUUGACUGUCUUAUUGGAAAGGGGCAGCAGUACCUGUGUAGUGAAGCUGGUACCAAUCAAAAGUUCUUCAGAAAACAAUGAUCGGGAUGGCCAAGUCGACUCAGAAAAAUACUAGAGUCUCUUCGAGCAAAACAAAGGAUCUGUCACCCUCCAAAGUGUUGGCCAUUGUUGCUAACUGGAAUAACACAGAAUCGCCUGCAAAAUCCCCUGCAAAAGGGUCUAGACGGAAGCGCCCGCGGGACGAGCAGCUGUCCGCAUCCAUUCCUCGCAGCCGGCGGCAACGGAAACAUUUCCGGAGAGACUACCUGUCCCAAUCUUCCGAGGAGGAUGAACUACCGACCUUCAAGGCAAAGUCCUUCUACCACGGCCAGCAGCCCACCAAGUACCUAUCGCCUUUUGAACGCAAGGAAGAAAGAGAUCGGCUCAUCGAUGCAGGAGUUGACCCAGCAGUCCUCAACAAGUCCUUCGAGGAGCUGCAGCGAGAGCGCAUCGGGAAUCCCUCACUUUCUGAGAAAGAGCGACCUGCCGCAAAGAACAGCUCGCUCUUACAGAAAAAAAACAUUGUAGCGAAUUCCAAAACUAUUUCUUCCACAUCCAACACACCCUCGACAGCUGAGAAAACACAGGCAUUGAAGCCAUCGGGACCUAAGAGACAGGACUCAAGUAAGCCAGCAGCUACAGCUGAAUCCAAAGUGCAAUUAUCAUCUGGACAAAUGUCAGGGGUUAAAGGUGAAAUUAAGGUCACGUUGAGCGAAAGGUCACCUGGAGGAAAUGUACAUGUAGAAGGCAAGAAAAUGUUGGCAGCGAAUAAAGCUCCCCCAAAAGAGGCACAAGUAGAUAGGCGAUCUUCGCCAAGGAAAUUAGUCCAGGUUCACCCUUCGCCAAAGGUCACUAAGAAUUUAGGAGUGACGAGGAGAACAUCACCAAGGAAACUGGCUUCCAAAGGCAAUGCAGCUAAGGGGAUCCAAAUGUACAUGAGGAAUCUAAAACAAGGACAGAAGAAAGGAAAGAAGGCAUCGAAUGUGAAAAAGACUAAGAACCAAACCAAGGUGGCGCCAACUCUAACCAAAGCAGAGAUCCCAGCCAAGGCAUCAGCUUCAAAAUCUCAGCGAAAUCAGACCCCCACCACCAACAAGGAAAAGGUUGAUUCGUCGGCAAACAACGAGAAGGCUGCCCGCGGGUUGGACUUCGGGAAGGGUAUGGUCAACGGGCACGAUGUAGCUCCACUGGUCAAGAACCCUGAUGGGCGCAACGAGAAGAGCCACACUGAGGAUAACCUGAUGGACUUCCUGGUCUUCGCGGAUGACGAUUUUAGAGAUGAGAACAGGGACACGGAGGACUUUGUCCAGAAUCUGCUCAUGGAGAUUGAUGACGACAUGGAAGAAACAGAGAAUCUUCUGAAACGAUCGCCACGGAAACGCAAGAUGAAGACGGACAAGGAGUGUGUGGUUUCGUCACCCUCACCAGGGAAAACUCCAAAGAGACAAACUCCAAAUAGACGGAGAAUGAGCUCAACACCCAUUUCCUCUAAGAAAUCCCAGCCUAGGCUCGAUGGUUGGUUGAGCAAGAUAGAUACUCUGCCCACCAGCACUCGAAGCCCAAGGAAGAAGUCCGCUCUUCAGAGGUCAGAGGUGAAAGGUCAGGUUGCUGAUACCUUGACCCCUGAUUCCACCAAUGUGUCGCCUCCAAAAGUGUCACCCAACAAGCCUACCAAGCUUUACUCCGUCUUCACCCCGCCAAGAAGCCCCCAUCUCAACACCACGCCCAAGUCCAGGAAGAAGCAAAGCAACGCGGGCAAGCUGAAAUCACCCAAUGUCCAAGAAAGGUCACCGUUGAUCAAGUCACUGAAGAGCAAGACGGAUAACCUGGAGCAGACUACUCUGGACCUCGGACAGAAGCGGUACGGUGCGGUGACCUGCGCGACCUGUGGGACUGUUUACACUGCUGCGCACCCAGAGGAUGAAACAGAUCAUGCCAGGUUUCACAAAAAAUAUCUCAGCAGUAUUAAAUUCCCUGGUUGGAAGCAAGAGGAAGUUCUUGAAUCAUUUCACGACGGCAGGAUCAUCGUUAUUACCCACGAAGCACCACACUAUGCGGAGAAGAAGGUAGAUGAGAUCCGAGAGUUGGUGGACAGAGAGUUGGGAUUCAUGGAAGCCAGCCAUACUGUUAGCAAGGAUUUGUGCAAGACCUACCUCUUCAUCACGCUGGAUAAGAAAGUUGGAGGCUGUCUGAUAGCUGAACAGAUAACACAGGGUUACAGAGUAAUCGUUGAUGAGCAGAAAGCAGAAGGGAAUGAUUCUCAGAAGGCUUGGUGUUGCGAGACCGAGUCGGAGCCCGCCCUCUGUGGCAUAAGCCGUAUAUGGGUACCCAUGGCAACCAGGAGAAAGCAGAUUGCUUCCAGGAUGGUAGAUUGUUUGAGGAAAAACUUCAUGUUUGGAACAGUGCUGUCUCCUGACGAUGUGGCCUUCUCGGAUCCGACCCCCGAUGGCAAGAGCUUUGCCACCAAGUACACUGGAACACCAAGAUUCCUGGUCUAUAAGUAUCACUGACUCUCAACGUACUGCUGUUCUAACCGGUGUCGAAAGAGACCAUUCCGACAUCAAGAUUUUGUUCGGUUAGGUACAGUGGAACAUCACAAUUCCUUGUCUACAAGUAACACCUACGUGUCUGCAUUAGAGUUCAGAGAAUGACCAAAUGCUGCAGAUAGAAGUGUUUAGAAAACAAAAUUUUCUGCGAUUGCAAAUAGUGGACAAAAUUCCUAUCGGAACACUUGAAAAGUGUGAAAGUAAAUCUUUGUGAUACACUGUUGUCGGAUACUGUAACAACUUUCACUAUUUUACAUCAACAUUCAAAGCUCCGGCACGAAUGAAUCCGAUGUGUACAUGUAUGUACGGGUAAAGUUGACUAUAAAGUGCUGUAGACAUCUGUAUUAACCACUUUAUGAAAAAAUUACUCUGGUACUUCAACAACUUCAAGAACAUUUCGUCAUCGAUAUUAUGAACCGACGAAUCCCUACAGUAAUAUAUAUGAUGGAUUAGUUGGUUCAUAAUAUAGAUGACAAUUUUAUCACAAGUCGGCCUCUGUCAACUAACUCUAUUCCUCUGAUAUCAGUGGAUCUUCUCUGUAAUGUCAGAUUUGUUAAUUUGCCAUUAGCUUUACCUAAUUGCUGAGAAGUAUAUCCCAAAGUAUUAGCCCCUAGGGAACCCUUUCUCAACAAUCAUUCCACAGUUAUCAGUUGAAUGCAUGGACAAUGACCAGAAUUGUGUAUAAUGCAUUUCUAUCAAACAAGCCAAGUUACCUUCAUGUUUUAUCUCGAUCUUAGCCAAUGAGUGUUAGCCAUGUCUAUACUAUGGGGUAGUUUCAUGACUCCAAAAUAUUCUAUGCGGUAAAUUUAAUUUCCACAUACAGGAAUUGAUUGAUUUCAUCUUACAAAAAUGAUAGUCACUUUUUUUAGCUUUAGCUUCGAUCAUUGAGAAAGUCACAGGAAGAUAAGGAGAAAUUUCUUCAACAUUACCUAUAAAUUUUCAUUGAGGAAUGGUUGAGCACUUUUCAAGAUGUUGCCAGCCAAUAGACAAAUUUAUGUAUGUUUCUUUCUUCGGGACCUAGUGAUGAGUUAUUCUAUUGACCUGUUAUUAAUGAAUGAACUGCAAUACAUGUACUUGGAAUCCAGUCUGCAUGUGUUGCUAUGCUGGAUAAGCCUCAGGCAAACUUUCAGAUGGUCAAGAGCAACCUUUGUUUAAUAAGUAUGCAAACAAUUUGAAUAUGUAAGUAAACUGGUAUAUUCUUGUGCUUUUUGUUGGUAGACACCCUAUAUUUCAUGUUUCAGAGUGUAUCUUUAUACUCUAAAAUACUUUGGCGAGGGACAGAAGAAUCCAAAUGUCUAGCUGAGAUCAAAAGUAUUUCAUACAUGUAUUAUAAUCUGUCUAUGAGAGCAUAAUUGUUGCUACUGUAACCUUUUCUUUAGAAAUCAACAUGUUACACUCAUGUGAACUUUGGCAUUAGUAAUGCAAGCUUAAAUGCGAGCUUCAAAUUUGUAUAUGUAAACAUAUAUAUCUUGUGCCUUUUAUAUGUUACUCUUUUGCUAUAUCCUGCACCAAAUUUUUCAUAUAUUAUGUCAUUUACAAAGCGUUUUUUAAAUGUAUUCUACAUUCUGCAUUAUUAUUAAGAAUAAUCAGCUUUAAUAUACAUGUUGUAUAUAUAUAGCAAUGAUCUCUCCCCCUUCCAUUGUAAUGUUGGAUAAUGAUAAUAAUAUGUCUUGUUUACCCAGGGUAGCCUCAUCAGUAUUCAUACUGUUCUCCCUGAGGGCCCUGCAAUCAUAUUAUUACCCCGGUCAUCGGAUUCAGACGUACCCGCACACAAUGUAUGCACAUUCUCCACUCCCUGGGGAGCAUUCCAGCCAGGCGUCAUUUUUACAAGCAAGGAGUUCAAACCAAAUUCAUUGUAUUGCUACUAUUUAUUGUGUAUGUAAUCGGUCAUUACCGACAUGUUCUUUAAUUCUUUAUGUCUAGGGACCUAAAUGUUAACAUCACCAUCCAAAGAAAUGACUGUUUGCCAGUUUCGAACUGUUUUGACAGUGACGGUCAGUAGAUACAAUGAGCCAACUUUACCUCUAGACCAAAUUACAUCUCCCCCUACCUGUUGUUGUUGUUUUAACUGCUAGUAUCAUUCAAUAGACCAUGUUGGUAAUGUAAUCAAAUUGAAUGCACUAAUCUUUGAUAAGUGCCUCGUUACAAAUUAUUUCAUGAGCCUGUUUGGAAUAAUUGUAUUUCAAUAGUCAGA